CGUUUGAUUUGUUUUGAUUUGAAUUUGUAUUUGUAACGCUUUUACCUCUAAGAUUAUUGUAGCAUAAUAGCAUAAUAAGAUUAACUGCGUGACUGUUAGCAAUAAUUGAAGCAAUUUCUGAGGAAGUUAUAUGAAUUUAAUUUAAUUGACUGACUGACCUCAUGCCGUCCAAUUCAGUGUCGUUGCCCACGCGUUGUUAUGAGCAAUCAUGCAAUACUUGUUAUAGUGAUAGGAAGUAAAUGACUCCAGAAUUGGAAGAGACCUUACAGUGUGCAGUCAACCGAGGUAUUUACAGGAUGUCUCGUUUAAGGCCUCAAUGGCAGUUACAAGCUUUAGCAGCACAGAAGAGAGACAAUGAACUUCGUCGUGCAGAAGAACUUAAGAAAGUGGCCAGUUACUUUGAACUUAAUACCAAUAAGUCUAGACACCAUGAACAGUGGACAACAGAAGGUUACUAUGAAAGGGCUAAUAAGGAAGCAGGGUUGCUAAGUGAAAAGAAAAUAAGAGCUGCUCAAUUGGAGGAGCGACGCAAGAAACUUGAGGCAAUGUUGUUUCAAGAAAAUCUACAGUACAAAGAGGAAUUAAAAACCCUUGCAGCGCAGCCUAAAUAUUUCAAGAAUGGGUCGUAUCUUAACAAUGUCUCUACAUCUACCUUUCAAGAUAUAAACCAAGGUAUUAGAGAAAAGGAGGAGCAACUAAGAAAACAAGAGGCAGAACUCAAACUAUACCAUGCUUGGAGAUUGAGACAACCCGAGUUGAGAGCCGCAAGCUCUUACAUUGCUAAUGGAAGAUUAAAGUCUGCUUGGAUGGAACAAAUUGUAGAAAAAGAGAUGCAAAAGAAGAAAGAAGAUGAGGACACGCGGAAAAUUCUGCAAGAAAGAGACGAGGCGCUCCGUCGUCAGAUACAGAUAGAAGAAGAGAGACUGAGAGAGAAGGAGCUACAGAUGAAAGAGCUCCGAAAUAGUCUUGAAGGACAAAUAGCAGAGUUAAGCGAAAAGGAAACAAUAGUGAAAAAACUUCGAAAACUCGAAGAGAAAGAAAGGAUGAAACUAGAAGAAUUACAAAUCAUAUCAAGUGAAAGAGAGAAAGAGCAUGCAAAGCUCGUGGCAGAAAGAGAUGUACAUAUAGUGAAUAUGGGCUUACAUAAGUAUAAGUUGAAGAGGAAAGUUAUAUCAGUUAUAAGCGAAAUUGAACUGGAUUUGAGAAUGUUGGAACAGAUGCGAAAGAGUAUUCUGAAGGAUUAUGAAAUGGAACGAGAAUUAUGCGCAAAUCACAAACGUGUUUUGGACGCGGCGCUACAGGAAUUCGAAGAGUACAGGGAUAAAGAGAGACAGAGACAGAAAAACAUCGAAACAAUGUAUGACGGUGAAGCGAGACAGAUAAACGAUAAACAGGACAAGUUGUGGGCGAAAGAACGAGAAGCUCGUUGUAACCUCAUGCAGGAAGUGGUCGAAGCUCUCAAAAAACAAAUGGAGGAGAAGAUAGAGGCUAACAUUAAAAUGCAAAAAGAAAAUGUCCUCGAACGGGAGAAGAUUCUGGAUCAAAUGGAGAACUUUCAUCAAGAAGUACAGUCUCAAGAAAGAGAUACUCAGUUAAAGAGCACAUCAUAUUCAGCGAUAACGGCUCUCCAAUCUCAGCUGAACGGUCUUCGUCUCCAGAAGGAACAAAUGGAGAAAGUCGCGACCCGGGAGGCCGAGUUGCGUGAAGCAGCCUCGCAUGAACGUUUGUUGCGUACUGAAAUCGCACGAGCUCAAAGGGAAGGAAAUACGCAGGCUUGGGCAUAAUAAUGUGAACCUUAUUUCUUAAUAGUUAAAGUGUGUUUUUUGGUGUGAUUUUAGCUCAUACAUAUUUCCUAUAAAUGAGUAAGUUUCAAAAUACGGUGCAUUAAUAAUUAAAAUAGUUAAAAAAUACAUUAUAUUAAAUACUUGAGAUAACUGAGUAGACAGAAUACCUUUAAAUUAUCUGUUUUAAAUGCAGGAAAAGAAACCUGACUGUUUUCUUAGGUCAAACUCUGACAUAAAGUGAACUGGAAUUUAACUCCAUAGCUUUUUCUUAAAAGGUGAGAAAAUCUCUGCCAAUAUUUUGGACAUUGUUUACUAAUUAUGUUAAAAAAAAAGAACUUCAAGUUUUCACUAUUGUUUAACCUUCCUUUGAUGCGUCUGCAAGAUUGUUAGCUUUAAUUUUAUGAAAAAUAUAUUCAUUACUAUAUUGACGUGAAUAGCUUGUAAUUUACAUUUCAUGCUGCUCUUUGCUGGAUUUAUUUUAUACAAAUGAUAUAAAUCGCAUAAAUAAAAAUUAUUUAAUAUAUGAAUGAAGUAUAUUUAAUUAUUUAAAUUUUAUUCUAUACUAAUAAUUGUUUCUGGUUGUGUUCAAAUUUAAACAAAGCUCUAUGUUUUAUGUAAAAAUAAAUGAAAUUUAAUAACAGAAAUGUAAGGCUGAAUAAUUGAUAUUGAUAAGAAGCUAAAUCGAUAUUAUUUAUAAGUGAUAUUGAAAACUUAUAAAUGUUACUAAGACUGCAUUUUAUUCAUAAUAUUAUAAUCUGUAUACUAUAUUGAUAAUGUAACAUAUCUGUAAUUCUAAAUUUAAAAUAAUAGGUAUUGUCGCUAUUUUACAUAGCAAUCAUUAAGUCUUCAAUUUAAUUUUUGUUGAUUGACAUGAACUUUAAUAUUAUUUAAAACAUAUAUAUGAAUUAAGUUGCGACUACUUCGAGUUGAUGU